GAGACUUUGUCACACACGUACAAGGCUUCUGUGUUGCUAAUCAAACCGCAACUGUUUUAUUUUUCGUUUGAUAACUUUUAGAUUUGAGCUCAAGCAAACUUAAUUUAAAAAAAGACUUAGAUAAGUACACAAUAUUAUUAUCAUUUCGUUACUCUCCUGUUUAAAUGGAUAUAUGCGGUCUUGCACGGGCGGUUGUUCCGGAAUUUGUCAAGACAUUUAGCAGCUAGCUUGAGUUAGCGGUGUGUUUAUAGGUUUGUUAGUUAAGCUUUUUCGGUGUUUCUAGUUCCAUUUAUACUUAAAAGACAACAAAACAAAAUCGAACUUCAGAGGAUGCUGGCAACAGGAGCCGCUGUGACUAAUGUCACGGCCCUGGCCCAGGUGGACAGGGAGAAGAUCUACCAGUGGAUCAAUGAAUUGUCAAGUCCAGAAACCAGAGAGAACGCCUUGUUGGAACUUAGCAAGAAACGUGAAUCAGUGCCAGACCUUGCUCCGAUGCUCUGGCACUCCUGUGGAACUAUUGCUGCGUUGUUGCAGGAAAUAGUGAAUAUCUACCCAUCCAUAAAUCCACCCACACUGACAGCUCACCAGUCUAAUAGAGUGUGUAACGCCCUGGCACUUCUGCAGUGUGUUGCUUCACAUCCCGAGACACGGUCAGCCUUUCUUGCUGCUCACAUUCCUCUCUUCCUGUAUCCUUUUCUCCACACCGUGAGCAAAACACGGCCUUUUGAGUAUCUGCGACUCACCAGCCUGGGGGUCAUCGGUGCCUUGGUGAAAACAGAUGAACAAGAAGUGAUCAACUUCCUUCUCACUACUGAAAUCAUCCCACUGUGUCUCCGUAUCAUGGAGUCAGGCAGUGAACUAUCAAAGACGGUUGCUACUUUCAUUCUUCAGAAGAUUCUCUUGGAUGACACGGGGCUGGCCUACAUUUGUCAGACCUAUGAACGUUUCUCCCACGUGGCGAUGAUACUCGGCAAAAUGGUGUUACAGCUCUCCAAAGAACCCUCGGCACGUCUGCUGAAGCAUGUGGUUCGAUGCUACCUGCGUCUGUCAGAUAAUCUCAGAGCCAGAGAAGCCCUGCGUCAGUGUCUGCCAGAUCAGCUGAAGGACAGCACCUUCGCCCAGGUGCUGAAGGACGACGCCACCACCAAGCGCUGGCUGGCCCAGCUGGUCAAGAACCUGCAGGAAGGUCAAGUCACCGAUGCCAGAGGCAUCCCGCUGGCUCCGCAGUGAACCGGCUGCCGAGAGUCUACACAAACGGACUGGGCACAAGUCUCAGAGUCUGCGUUUUGAUUUUUUUUUUCCAAUGUAGUUCUGUAUUCAAAGUAAAGACAUUUGAUGAGAUAGAGGUUUUGCUUUUGAGCAGAUUUGUAUCUACAGGUUUUGGUUCCCGUUAUAUCAAGUCCACAUGAGACUACAGUGAAAACUAGAAACAUGUUCUAGAUGGAUAGAAUUCUCAAAGAAGCACUGAAAUCAGCAAUAAAAAAAUUUCCAAUUUUUCUUUUUUUCAAAAGAGCCUUAAAAUUUGAUGUUUAAGUCAGAAGUUUACAGAAAGAUUCAUCAGUCCUUUAUUGCUUCUUUAUUGUCUUUUGGUUCCAUUGUUUGCUCUAAAAUUACAAAGGAACUUAUUACUGGAUUGAAAUAGAUUAAAAAAAAAA